AUGGGCAGGUGGAUGGGUGGAUGUAUUCAUGCAUGCAUGCAUGGAUAAGUGAGGGGAUGGUGAAUGGAAGCAUUAUUGAUGAAGACAAAAAGAUCUAUAGAAUAAGUCAGCGUAGGAUAUGCUGAGUCUGAGGUUAUCUGAGAAAAUGCAGGACAGUGGAGAUGGACAUAGAAGUCGUAACGGGAGAGAUGAGGGCUAGAAAGCCGAGGCUCUGCAGGUAGUAAGGGAUUAAUUGGUUUGAGGAGAAAAGUUGGAGGUAUACGAGUCCCCACGCGAGAUCCUUUGAUUUCACAGCCACUCCACGCUACCGCAAGCACCACCCCACUGCGUUCUUGCAGGCCACACCCUCGAGCGUGGCCUCCGUGGAGAGGGCGUUCUCACUACCACAAAGGCUUCAGGCUAGAAGGGCCGAAAGUGCACGAGAGCACGAGUUUGGACGCCGCUCUCACCACCCUUUUGGGUCCGUGUCCGGGGAACUGCCUCGGCUGAGGGACUGCUGGACACUCUGUGUCUGGCUGGUGUGGAGCGGUGUAAUGGUCUGUUGAUUCUCUUUCCACCUCUGCCCAUUCUCACGUCUUUCCUAUCAGGACCGGCUGGAUGGUCGUCAGGGCUCCCAACUGUCGCGUCCCCUGGGGCAUCAUAGAGAACGUAGUCCUCCAUUGGCUCAGUCUAUCCUUUCCGAGUGUGGGUUAGAGUGCCUACGUCAUUUUCGGUCGCCUCGGGCUGGGUGGGGAGUGCCACCACCAGAGGAGGACGCCGCUGGGUCGGGCAAACCUGGAGGGAGGCAAGAAACGUGUCGGGACCCGGAUUUGCAAGCUGAAGCUGGAAGGAAAGUGGAAGCUGCAGCCUGGUUCCGCUCCCGCUCCUCUUGGAGGGCGGCUGAGUCAGCGCUAGAGGGCUUUCGCGCCUUGAGCUGGGAAGAGCCUGACGGAGGGGAGUAAGGCUCCUUUGCCGGCCUGAGGAGGCAGAGCAGUGUAGAGAAAAACCUUGGGUCACAAGCGUAGCUUGGACACGUAGCCUGCAGACACGUUCCCCGCUCUUCAGCUCGGAGUUGACGCAUCCACACCUCCAGGCUGCGCAUUAAAAUGGCUGGCUGUGCCACUACUCCUAACCCCAUGCAGACCCUUCAGGAGGAAGCGGUGUGUGCCAUCUGCCUGGAUUACUUCAAGGAUCCCGUUUCCAUAGGCUGUGGGCACAACUUCUGCCGAGGAUGUGUGACCCAACUGUGGGGCAAGGAAGAUGAGGAAGACAGGGACGGGGAAGAAGAUGGAUGGGAAGAAGACGAGGACGACGAUGUGGAGGGGGCCACCGGUGGAUGGGACAACUCUAUUCGAGAGGUUUUGUACCAGAGCAGUGCUGACGAGGUGUUCCAGUACCAAGAAGAUGAACUCUGGGUUGGUGACGGUGGCGUCAGGAAUUGGGACAACAUGGACUAUGUGUGGGACCAGGAGGAAGAAGAGGAGGAAGAUCAGGACUAUUACCUGGGAAGCUUGAGACAUGACCUGAGAAUUGACGUCUACCCAGAAGAGGAGAUAUUGGAAGAAUACGAGGACGAGGAAGAGCUGUAUCCUGACACCCACUUGCCUCCUCCUCCUCCACCUCCCCCCCCUCCUCCGCCCCCUCCACGUCAGUUCAUCUGUCCCCAGUGCCGAAAGAGCUUUAAGCGUCGCAGCUUUCGUCCCAACUUGCAGCUAGCCAACAUGGUCCAGAUAAUUCGCCAGAUGAGCCCCACUCCUUAUCGAGGAAGUCGGGGGAAUGAUCAGGACAUCUGCUCCAAACACCAGGAAGCCCUGAAACUUUUUUGUGAAGUGGACAAAGAGGCUAUCUGUGUGGUGUGCCGAGAAUCCAGGACCCACAAACAACACAGCGUGGUGCCAAUGGAGGAGGUGGUGCAGGAGUACAAGGAGAAAAAAAUGAAGAAAUUUGUGAAGCCUUGCAUUCCAAGUGCUGCCACAACUUUGAGAGGAAAUUGAGGAAUUCCAGACUUUCUUCAUCUACUUCUACAGUCUUAACUCUGAAAUAAUGACUGAACAUAUCAAACUUCAGGUUUUAAAAACUUCAGCUCAUCUUUCUUUGCUGUUGAGAUGAAUCUACUGAAAAAAAAAAGUGUGCUUUGCUUAUGUUUAAAAAUAAAGCUUUAAAAACUGUGGAUGUGGUGGUUUCAUAAACGUAAUACUUGACCACUAAAAACAGUAUUUUUGAAGCUGUAUCAAAUGAACUGAGUUGGAAGAAAAUUAUACGAGUAUACUUGGUGGUGUUACAGCAAUGGAAUGUUCUAAAUCUGGGUUUUUGGCAAGAACUGAAGAAAACUGUGUGUAAGAUGUACUGUAGCAAUCCCCACCAAGCAUCCACUUCCAUUGAUUGGCCCAUAAUCUACUGGAAAUCUUCACCUUGCUGUCAGCAUAACCCUUGUGAAAAACAGUAGAUUUGAUCCCAGUUUGCCUUGAUUUUUGAAGAUCUGUUCAGAAUGCCAUUGAGAGUGUUUUCUCUUACGUACUAAGGUUCCUUGGUUGUCAAAGAACUGUACUCAGCUGAAUUUAUGGACAGAACUAAUUUUGAAACACCAAUGACAAAAUAACCCUCUGAUUUUGGAACACCGUCUAAAGAGAAUUUGUUCUUUAAAAUUUCAAAAAUUAAAACUUUUGACAGAAUGUAAUGCAUUGAAGCUUAAAAUACAUUGACCCUGAAAUGUCAAAAGGCAAACACCAACAUCACUCUCAUUAUGAAAUACUUUAAGCAAAACUUGCCAAAAAUCCAGCUACACAUAGCAAACUCAUGCUAAAAAUGUCUAACUUGCUUGGCCAAUCUUUCAAGGACUAGAUUUCUGAAUGUUAUUUCAAGACAAAAAGAUGAAAUAUCCAUAACUAUUUUGGGUGAUUGUUCUUGACCUUGUUCUUAAAACCUACCUGGGGUCGCUUUUAUAAAGAAUGUUUUCAACUGUUGGUUGGUUCAAUUCCUUUAAGAGGAGUAUGUGGAACUUUAAGUCUGUUUGUUUUGACUAGAAACUUCCAGAUAAAUACUCUAGAGAAAUUGGGAUAUAAAAUGUCUAAGCAUAUGUGAAGACUUUGUUCCAUUUGUUAUUCCAUUUUCUCUUUACAUCUUAAAAGCUUUUUUGGGGGGGGCGGGUGGAGUAUAUCUAGCUGUGGCGAGAAAACAGUACAAGAGUAUUGUUAAAGCAGCUUGUGUUUUGUUAUAUCUUCUACACCACCCAAGAAAGAUAAGGCUUUUAACAGUGACAUAGUUAUCACAUCAUCUGAAUAAAUUUUUGCCUUCCAAAAUUACCCUUGCUUUGAUUUUUAGUCAUGAUACUUGUGAAAUUUUAAAUAACACUGGAGGGAAAAUGUGAAAUUUUUACGUAUAUGAAAAGUAGAGCUAUGAGUUCCAAAAACAUUGAGGAAAAACUGGUAUAUCCAUAUUCACCAGAUAUUCAUCUAUUUAUUGAAUGUUUUCCCUACUAGGUUCAGCUAUUGACUGUUGUAUCAGAAGUCAGACUGUUUAAACUUGGUCCUCACUACUCCUAUGGUUGUACCUGGGACCUCAUCUUUACAGACUUGCUACAUAUCUGAAACCCUCACUUUAAACUGCACUAUGACCUUAGCUCUUUGCCUCCUAAUGCAGUUAAACACACUCUAGUUAUACCUGCUCUUCAGUUUUGUGGAGGCCACAGUUCACUGACUCCUAAUUUUUUUCUUUCCCAAUUUAAUAGAUUCUUGCUGAGCCUGGACCUCAUGAUUAGUCUUGGCAUGAAGAACGGAUCCACACUGUAGUCUAGACCAGCGUUUCUCAACCUCAGCACUAAUGACAUUUUGAAUAAGAGAAUUCUUUGCAGGUUGGGGCUGUCCUGUGCAUUAUAGGAUGCCUAGGAGCAUUCCCUGGACUCUACCCACCAGAUGUAAGUAGCACCCCUCCAUCAGCUGUGGCAACCACAAAUGUCUCCCAACAUUUCCAAAUGUCUUAUGGAGAGGGGUGACAGGAGCAAAAUCAUCCAUGGUUAAGAAUCAUUGGUCUAGACUCAGGGAAAGUGGUCAAAUCCACAGAUGUGCCAUUCCCAGCUUUACUUAUGCCCUAUAGCCAGUGAUUGACAUAGGUGUUUAAAAGUGUUCAGUGGGGCACCAGGAUGACUCAGUCAGCAUCUGACAUUGGCUCAGGUCAUGAUCUCAUGGUUUGUGAGUUUAAGCGCCAUAUUAGGCUGUCUGCUGUCAGCACAGAGCCCGUUUUGGAUCCUCUGUCCCCUGCUCUCUAUGCCCUUCCCCUGCUUGCUUGUGCUCUGUAAAAUUAAAUUUAAAUUAAUAUUAUCUUUUUAAAAAAAGUGUUCAAUGGAAAAAUAGUCCCACCUACCUAGAACCUUAUUAAACGGUCUUAGCAUCAGUGUAUUAAUUGAUAUGACCCCUACUUCUCCCAGCUCUUGGCAGGCAGGUGGUAAAGUCAGCAAACUUUAAAAAAAAAUUUUUUUAAUGUUUGUUUUUUUUUGACAGAGAGAGAGAAAGAGACAGAGCAUGAGUGGGGGAGAGGCAGAGAGAGAGAGAGACCCAGAAUUCGAAGCAGGCUCCAGGCUCUGAGCUGUCAGCACAGAGCCUAACACAGGGCCCAAACUCACGGAGUGCAAGAUCAUCAUGACCUGAGACGAAGUCGGACGCUCAACCGACUGAGCCACUCAGGCACCCCAGCAAACUUUUUUUUUAAGCCAGAGCUGCAUAUGUCACUGCCAUUUGGGAGAACAAGGCCUAUGACAGAUAAAGCAGUGUAUGAAAUCAAGAUCUAGAAAUGAUGAGUAAUAAAAGACAAUCACU